UGCGCGCCACUUUUGGUCAUCUGAUUGAAAACUCACGAAUUUUUCUUUGUUUGUUUCAUCAUUCUUGUUUUAUCAAAAUUUAAAUCCUGUGUCGAUUGAAAAAUGCAGUUUUAAUUCAAACAAAAAAAAACAACAAAAGCGAUGAAGAAAUCACCAUUUCGUGGUUGUCAAACACCUAAACAGAAUAAUACAUUGUUGAAUUAUUUUUCUCGUACUACACCGAAAUCUGUGGAAAAAUGUGACUCAACCAUCCAAUCGAAAUCAAAGGAUGAUGUAUCGGAUAAACGAAUUGAACUUUCUGAUCGAUCAAAUAAAAGUGAAAAUAAUUGCAAAACUGCUACACGUAAUUGUUUGGAAAAAGAAACACCUUCAAAACGAAAAACUGAACAACGAGCAUCGGAUGAUGAUGAUGAUAAAAUUGGCCUGAUUAAAUCGAAUGAUUCAAUGCAAAAGAAUAAACGAUUCAAACGAAUUUUUCUCAGUUCAGAUGAUGAUGAUGAUGAUAACGAAAAUGUGAGCAAGAAUGAUGGAGAUGAUUAUCAACCAGAAACAGAAUCUUCUGACGUUGAUUUUAUUUCCGAAAAUAGUGAUUCAAAUUUUGGAAACGACGAUGAUGAUGAAGUGACACCACCAUCAAAAAAAUCAAAAAAGAAUUGCAAAUCUAGUUCGAAAAAUGUGAAAGCAACGAAAAGUAAUAAAUACAAAAAAGAUGCUGAUGAUUUCAUCUUUGAUGAUAUGAUUGAAAUCUCAGAUGAUUCUCAGAAUCUAUCGAAUCUGAAAUUGAAAACGAAAAAAAUUUUGGAUACAAAUUCAGCCGAUUCGAUAACAACACUGAAAAUGAAUGAAGAUAAAAGUAUUGCAUUUAAAUUCAUUCCAGUCGAUCCAAUCGUCCAUGAAAAGGAUAGUGUUUUUGAUGAUGAAAAUUUGGCCGAAAACGCAAAUGUUGCCAAUAAUGAAUAUGCCAUUUUGGAUAAUGAAAAAAUUGUCAAAAAAUCAUCAUAUUCAUCAUUAUCGAAUGUGGAUAAACCAACCUCAUCGGAGCAAGCAACAAAUACACAAUGGCCACAUUUAUCCUAUAAAUUUUUGCAACCAAAAUACAUAAAAGAUUUGAAUGGAAAUCCAAUGCUUAUCAAUGAUGAAUUGAAUGUCAAUUAUGAUCCAUCAACAUUGUAUGUGCCGAUUGAAUUUCUUGAACAACAAACACCAGCAAUGCGUCAAUGGUGGGAAUUGAAAUCACGAAAUUAUGAUACAAUUCUAUUCUUUAAGAUGGGAAAAUUUUAUGAAUUUUUCCAUAUGGAUGCUGUAUCAUGUGCUAAAGAAUUGAAAAUAUUAUUUAUGCGUGGUAAUAAUGCACAUGCUGGUUUUCCCGAAAAAAGCUAUAAAAAAUAUGCCGACGCAUUGGUACAGAAAGGAUACAAGGUUGCACGGGUUGAACAAACCGAAACACCAGAAAUGGUUACCGAACGUUGUAAAAAGAUGAAACGUACAACAAAAUUUGACAAGGUUGUCAAACGUGAAAUCUGCCGUAUAUCAUCGAUCGGCACCCGUUACAUGUCCGAUAUUGAUGCCGAUACAUUUCUUGAUUAUACUUCGUAUUUAAUGGCUUUCACUUGUAAGGAAUUUACAAAAUCUUCAUUCGAUUUGGGCGUCUGUUUUGUAGAUGUAUCUAUUGGACAAUUUUUCCUCUCACAAUUCCGUGAUGAUCGUAACAAUUCCAAACUUCGUACAUUGAUAUCACACUAUUCACCAGUGGAAAUCAUUAUUGAAGAAUCCAACAAAUUAUGCAAAUUGAUCGAAACAAUUUGCCCAGCUGCACGUGUUCAGAAAUUGAAACGAUUUAAAUCGGCUAGUCAAACUUUGAAAUUUAUUUAUGAAAAAAAUCUAUGGUCAAAUAUUGCUACCGAUUUUCGAAACGAAAUUCUCGAUCCAUCCGAUGUGAUUCAACAGUCUGCCCGAACAGAAUUCGAAUUGGCCACCGUUUCAAUGGGUGCCAUAAUUGAUUAUUUGGAAAAAUCAUUGAUAAUUGAUGAUAUCAUGUCAAUGGGACAGUUCCAAGUAUAUCGUCCACCAGAAUUUAACUCAGUAAUGACUAAAUUGCCCGAUCAUAUGAUUAUGGAUUCAAUGACGAUGAAAAAUUUGGAAAUUCUUGAAUCAUUAACUCAUAACGAUAUGAGUAAAACAUCCACUUUGUUCAAAAUUAUUAAUCAUUGUCAAACUGCAUUCGGUAAACGAAUGCUUAGAACUUGGAUAUGUCAACCAUUAUGUGGCUUAAGUAAUGGAUUAGAAAUGAGACGUGAAGCUGUACGAGAUUUGGCCGAAAAUAUCGACAUUGCUGGCUACCACAAACAUUGGAAAGAAAUGCUAAAAAAGAUUCCUGAUCUGGAUCGUUUAUUGACACAGAUUCAUUCACAAUCAUCGCUUAAACGUUCGAAAGAUCAUCCGGAUGCACGUGCCAUACUAUUUGAAUCGGACAUUUAUCGUAUACGACGAAUUAAAACUUUUCUCGACACUAUUGCUGGUUUUGAACAGAUUUCGAAAAUUGUUGAGAACAUUCAAUCAAAUUUAGAUUUAUUCAAAUCCAAAUACAUUCACCAAUUGAUGACAUAUAUAGAAGAUGGGGGAUUGUUUCCUCGAUUCGAUGAUAAAAUUCAAUUUUUUCGACAAUCAUUUGAUGAAGAAAAAGUUCGUCAAGAUGGCCAUUUCAUACCGGACAAAGGUGUCGAUGAUGAGUAUGAUCAGGCCUGUGAAACGAUUUCAAAUAUUACAAAGAAAUUUGAUGAUUACCUCAAUGAGCAGAAAUUAUUUUUCAAAACACGUAUCAACUAUGUGAAUGCAUUGAAGAAUCGUUUCCUAUUGGAAGUACCGGAUUCAUGUGAAUCGAAAAUUUCAAAAUGGCAAGAAAAUUAUGAAUUGAAAAGUUCACGUAAAGGUUAUAAACGUUAUCAUACGACUAAAUUAAUCGAAAUGAUUGAACAGCUGGAACAGGCUGAAAAUGAAAAACAAUUGCUUCUUGGUGAUAUAUUUCGUCGUCUUUUAGCUCGGUUCGAUCAAGAUUAUAAGAUUUGGCGCCAAGCAAUUUCAUGUAUUUCACAAUUUGAUGCCUUAUUGUCAUUAUCAAACACACGACAAUUGUUUGAAUCGAAUGGUUCAAAUUCUUGUUUACCAGAAUUCAUUUGGGAUCAUCAAGAUCAAUCGAUUAUACGUGCAAAAGAUUUGCGUAAUGCUUUCCUAGUGAUCAACAAUACAGUCAUACCAAACGAUAUUGAAUUAAUGGGUGAAACAUUGAUUUUAACCGGCCCAAAUAUGGGUGGUAAAACUACAUUGAUGCGUUCGGUUGGUUUGUUGGUCAUUCUGGCACAAAUUGGUUCCUAUGUUCCGGCUAGUGAAUGUCAGCUAACACCUGUGGAUCGAAUAUUCACCCGUAUCGGUGCUUAUGAUAUUGUUUUGGAAAAUGAAAGUACUUUUAUGGUCGAACUAAGCGAAGCCUUGUCGAUUAUGAAAUAUGCGUCGAAAUUAUCAUUGGCAUUGAUCGAUGAACUUGGUAGUGGAACAUCAACAUUUGAUGGUACAGCUAUUGCUUCGGCCAUCAUUUUUAAUCUAGCCGAAACAAUUAAAUGUCGAACAUUAUUCUCAACACAUUAUCAUUCCAUUCUGGGUGAAUUGAAUGGCAAAGCUAACAUUAAACUUGGCUACAUGUCUUAUAUGAUUGAGAAUGAAAAUGACAAGGAUCCAACCGAUGAGAAUAUUGUCUUUCUAUAUAAACUACAACCAGGUAUUUGUAAUAAAAGCUAUGGAUUUAAUGUUGCUAAAUUGGCUGGCAUACCAAAUGAAAUUAUUCGCCGUGCACAUCAACAUUCACAACAAUUUGAGCUGGAAUGCCGUAUUAAAUCAUUGUUAAAUUGGUUCCAGCAACGAAAAAAACAGCAUAAUAAAUCAAUGAUUAGCGAUAAUGAUCGUGUUGAAGCUGAAGAAAAUUGUCAACAACUUUUAUCAACAAUUCGAAUGUUGCGAACAUUUAUUGGAGAAAAUAAUCCAUAAAUUUUAUUAUUAAUUUGAAUAUUGUCUCAUGUUGUAAUAAAAAAAAUUGAAAAAUAUCAUUUUCAUUUUCAAUUAGCCUUUUCAGCUUUGGCUUUCAAUUUA